GCUCGAACAGCUGAUCGCUAACCAGCCGCCAGCUUUUAACCCUACGUUUCAAACGGUAUGUUCUGCAAUUGCACAACAUCGCGUACCUUCACGCAUUGCUGUGUAGUGAUGGAAAAGUGAUUGGAACUGGAGAGGAGAAGCAGCUUUAGCUUUUUUAUGUCAAUUUCUGGUUAUCUAUAUCGUUCGGGGACCAUCUUCUAUGAGUCAAUACUGAUCCUGACAUACGCAGAUGAGGCAGACAUCUUGUAUAUAGCAGCUUGGGUGGUGUAGAGAUAGGUGAUCGCACCGUUAAAGUUGUCCAGCUUUUCACCUAUCUGGGUUCAAAAGUCAGAACCGAAAACACCGGUCAAACUACAGCUUGAGGAAACUUCUUUACUCAAAAUACUUGGCUGAGACUGUAUAGAUUUUUAGCCCUAUUACUCACAUAUGCCGCCUUUGAGACCAAAAGCCUGACCAUAGCCAACAAAUCCCUCUUACCCGCGUUCCAGAGAUUGGUGCCGAGCAGGCCCGGUGGUAGAGACGACAACGGUCUUCAUACGGCAGGACCAGGGUUAAAAUCCCAUCCGGACCGUUCCCUCAAAGAGAGGACUGAUUAUCCAACUCUGCGGUAUCAUCAAGUCUAGUAAGACAGAAAUGGCAGGCUUAGGCCAAGAAGUGAGAAAUGUGUGGAAAAACAAUGGAAGAGAUGCUACAAAAACUAGCCUUACGAGAUUUGUAUGCUCGAUGAUCCUAUUAUUGUGUAGGGAAAAAGACUCGCCAGGCUCAGGUGAGGUGACUCAGGCUUCUCCUCAAUCUCCUCAGACUAAGAUGAAGAGAAACUUCCCUUAGAAUGAAAUCUGAGCUCAAAGCUUGUAUUAUUCUUGUCCUCCAUACCCGGAAGGUCUCCGAUUUCCAAAAGCGCACCGUGACCUCACAAAAAGUAAGACAUGUCAUGCGAAUGACACAAAGGAGCGCUUUAAAAACCCAACCCAAAUAUCAGGAGCUUAAGUAUACUGUUUACAUAUUUAAUGUUUAAAAUAAUGCAUACAACAGUGCACAUCACCACAACUUAUCACUUCUCCACCAGCAGAACCGUUCAUGUAUGAAGGCGCGCUUUUUACCGGUUUACAAGACCAAUCUGAAUGUGGGUUCCGUGCACUUCGGUAAGGUCUACCCUCACCCAUAUCGCGAGGAUCGAGAUAAUAACCCGAUCUCCGACUGUUAGCGUACGGGCUAUUGCAUAAAUAAAGCUAAAAUGCUGCCUCCUCGAAGGAGCAACCCUUCCGCCAGCGCUUCCGGACGAGAAAGCCGCAAAGCAACAUAACAAAAACAAACCUCAUCUGCUGGUGGGCCACGAUGAAGGUGGGGGUUUCAAGAUCUCUCGCGUGUACCCGAAAACGCGAACAACUUUGGUUCGAGAUUGCAAAAGUGAAAAGUGAAAUGCGACGACUAGCGGCGCAACACUCGCGCCCGCCACCGUGUGGUGGUGGAGAACCCACGCCGUCGGUGAAGUCAUCGCUGGUAGGGGAAAAAGCGACGUUUGCCGGGGCGCCAGUCUAUUACCACACCGCGGACGUACCGGAAUUGGCUCCAGCACAGUCGCACAGUCGCUGUUCGGGAACGGUGCAGUCAACAGCCCAUUGGCAUCCGGUCACGAACGUGUUGCACGAAUGUGGGUUAGUGCGGUCAAACGACGAGAAGGCAGCGGGAUGAGAGUUUUUUUGGUCGGUGCAUCGGUUCAGUGUGCCGUGUUGCUGCUGAUCGUAACCGAUCGUGCGUGCGCCAUCAGCUAUCGGAAGGAUACGGGAUUCGCCACCGAUGGGAUGGAUCAGUUCGUGUUCCGGGAGCCUGCAGCGAGUGCGAGAGAUCCACCACCUUCCUCGGAUCAGUUUACUCCCAUGUACACACCCUUCAGCCCAGCCUCACAGGUGAAGCGUUCCGGUAGGGUCCGGUUCUCGGAUACUCCCGAUACCGCACCGUUUAACGGCGGCGCACAGAGUAACUUCUUCGGGACAGGAUCCGUAGCUAGCGGCGCGUCCCCGGCUGGAUCACCGUUUGCUCACCGCGAUCGUGAAGGUGAUCAGUUCUAUACGGUCGGUGCUUCGAUCCAGUUUGCGGGCAGUGGAGGGGACACGAUCACUCCCCCACCACCCCUACCACCCGCAGACAAUCAGCAGAAACCAAAGCGAAGGAAGAACAAGUACAAGUAUGGGGCGAACGACAAGGUCUACAAUGCAGGCGAACAGGGCCCGGAACAAUUUUCUCCGUAUGCUGCGUACGGAUCCGAUCCACAGCGUUAUUCGUCCCCGUUGCAGGGUAACUAUCUGACGCCGAACGGAGCGCGUCCAGUGCAGGGUGGACAGUACGAUAGUUCCGUGCUAAACUAUCCCGAGCUACAAAAGCAGCAGUACCCAUUCAGCAUAGGACAGCAAUACCCUGGCAGUAGCUACUAUAACGCUCAGCAGCAACAGCCGCAAGUACCUGCUGCAGGAGCUGGCCCCUACAAUCCCUAUCAGUACCAAUACCCGGGGUCGUAUGCGUCAGAUGCAGCGUACGGCAAUCCUUACCAGCAAGGGUUCUAUCCUCCACAAGCCCAACCGUUCGCCGGGUCCACCGGGUUGGCCCAACCGCCCAACGCGCAGAGUAUUCUCGGGUUCCUGCAGAGCAUCUUUAACUUUGCCCCCGGUACGUUCGGAUCCUUCCCACCGGCCCCGGCAAGACCCGGAAGUGCUUAUGCGAGUCCGCCGGUACCGGGUGGCACCGGAUUCGGUGGUGUCGGAGGGCAACUUCGACAGGCACUGGACAACAUAUCGGAAAACGACGAGCUUCAGUGUGUCCCGAAGCUGAUCUGCAUGAUGUCACGCAGCUCCAGUGGGCAGGGCUUUAGCAGUUACGUGAACCGAGGUCUCCUGUCAACCAUUCUCAGCGCUGUUCCGGACAGUUCACCGUGGUUAAAGUUUUCGCGAGCAGCUCUGCUGGGUUACGGAAUCGGAGCAAACAGCUGUGACGCGUACUAUCCCAAAUGUCCCAAGGAUGAAAUGCAGAUCCUGUACUACCUGAACAAUCAUCGAGGUGGAUUUUUCCGCUUCUUUAACAACGGUGACCAGGGCCAGUAUCCACAGCAACAGCAGCAGCAGCAGCAGCAGUACGGAUAGACGCGUAACAAUUCUGUACUGAGACGACGAUGACUUCGAUGAUGUGCCAAUGUGGGGUUGGAGAUGGGGCAAUAUUAUGACUCCCCAACAAACGCAACAUUAUUUAUUGUGCGUGUGGCACUCGCAGCAUAUACACGUGUCCCUUCCAUUUGUUGUACAUACCCUCCCCCCGGAAAAUACCGGUAGAAAAGAGUGUGUUGCCUACACAUCUAGUGUAACUAAUGAGCCGUAGCCUACUGUGUGAUGUGUGGGAAAGUGAUCGGUACAUGAAUCGGUAGCACUGUUGUGUGUGUGUGUGUCUGUGUGGGAAAGUGUGUUGCUUCGUUAUCACACGUGGUUUCAAUUUAAACGCAGUAACACACGAGUGGCGUGAAGAUCUCCCCGAUCUAUUCCACACGUUCUUCACACACGUUUAUGCAAUCGAUUAACGACGAUGGUGCUUUUAACCGCUAGUUAACCAGUUUUGAAAGGUUUAAAUAUGAUUAAAAAAAAAGUUGAACAAAUAAAUGUAAAUUAAAAAUUAUCAUAUACGAAAAUGGACUGGCCGUUAAAUUACAAUAAUUUCAUAAACCACUUGCCAGACAUCUCAACGCUCGCAGCCAAGCAUUCGACCCUGGCGAUUGGCACUUUCGCAACAAACGUUCAAGCUACCAUUUCGGGAGUCCUCCCAAUGGUGUCGAUUGGAGCAAAAUGAAAGAGAAAAAAUAACUCACCUGCGGAGGAGGACACAACGGCUUCGUUGUUUACUUUCAUCGACCUCAUCUUAGCUCCGGCAGCCCGGUCUCGGUCAACUCUUUUUGGGCGUACCACACCGUUCGACACCACGAUGACGCAUCUCUCCCCCCUUCCUACGUGGUUGUGCGCUUUGUUGCCUGCACGGGCGUGAGGUUAUUCAAUCCACAAGGCGGACGUAAUCUUGUGCACGCUCUUCCGAAAUGCGGAUUUCCCCCACCCCAGGAGAUGUCUAGGAAGUCCUGCCCGUAGAGCACUGGGCGAAAGGAUAGUAAUGUGUUGCGGUUAUUACUGUUUUCGUGCCAAUCAGCAAGGUUGUUACUGUGGCAAUAGUGCCACAGCGACCUCACACGGCGAUGUAGGUGAGCUUAUUAGAGGAACGAAAUGUGUGCAACAGGUGAACCGAGAGCAAACAUGGAAGAUAAUAAACAUCAAUUACCUGUGGUGCCCGGGACCGCCCGGCUGAUAGUGGCUGUUUGGAGAAGGAAGUUAUAAAAUCUAUCUUCUGUUGCGUCGAGAUGGGUAUACGUUACGCAGGUUUGGUACGGGGGUAACAUGCCGCCGGUAAUUCAUGACCGUUGUUUGCCUUUAGUGUAACUGGUGGCCACCAAUAGAAGAUCUAUAAAUAGAAUUUUAGUUUAAAAAAA